AAUAUCAUGGAGGCGAAAAUUUGAAUACAGAAAAAAACUAGAGAAAAAAAAUGGAUGCCUUAUCUCUUCACUUUCAAUUGAAACCUCGGCUUAACCAACCCCAAUGUCCAUCCCUUGUAAACCCCCCUCCUGGUUUUCAACAAGAAGACUCUUUGACCAAAAUCUCCAAGACCUUCACAACUACACCAACUUAAGCCAUAUUAAACAACUUCAAGCCCAAAUAAUCAAACAAAAUCUUCAGCAACACCUCUCCAUUGCUCCCAAGUUAAUCUCCGCUUUCUCACGGUUCCGCCAAAUAAUCUUAGCUCUUAACGUUUUUAACCAAAUUCAAAACCCCAAUGUUCAUCUGUAUAACACUUUGAUUAGAGCCUAUGUACAAAACUCACAGCCCACCCAAGCUUUUUCUUUUUUCUUUGAAAUGCAGUGGAAUGGGAUUCUGGCUAAUACCCUCACCUACCCUUUCCUUUUAAAAGCUUGUAGUUGUCUACAAAUGGUGGAAAUGAUUCAUACCCAGAUCGAAAAGAAUGGUUUUUUGGGUGAUAUUUUUGUACCCAAUGCUCUUAUUGAUAGUUAUUCAAGGUUUGGAGGUUUGGGUAUUAAAGCAGCUUUGAGGUUGUUUACGGUGAUGGAACAUAGAGAUGUUGUUUCUUGGAAUUCUAUGAUUGGAGGGUUGACGAAAGUUGGAGAGUUGAGGGAAGCUAGGAAGUUGUUCGAUGAAAUGCCUGAGAAAAGUAUAAUUACUUGGAAUACGGUCUUGAAUGGUUAUGUUAAAGCAGGAGAAAUGGAGGAAGCCUUUCAAUUGUUUGAAAGUAUGCCUCAAAGGAAUAUUGUUUCAUGGUCAACGUUGGUGAUGGGUUAUAGUAAGGCUGGUGAUAUGGAUAUGGCUAGAGUAUUGUUCGAUGAGAUGCCGGUUAAGACAUUGGUUCCUUGGACUAUAAUUAUCUCAGGAUAUGUCGAAAAGGGGUUCACAAAGGAAGCCAUCGAGUUGUAUGAUCGAAUGGAACGAAAUGGGUUCAAGUUGGAUGAUGGCACCGUUAUUAGUAUAUUGGCUGCUUGUGCCGAGUCUGGUUCGUUAGCAAUGGGUUUAAAAGUUCAUGAUUCAAUAGAGAGGCUUAAGUUUCGAUGUAGUGUGGCGGUGUGUAACACAUUAGUUAAUAUGUAUGCAAAGUGUGGUAGUCUGGACAAGGCAUUGAGUGUCUUCAAUGGAAUGUCGAAAAGAGAUGUUGUUUCGUGGAAUGUUAUGCUACAGGGGUUUGCCAUGCAUGGCCAUGGCAGGGAAGCACUUUGUGUUUUCGAAAGAAUGAAGAAGGAAGGAUUUAAGCCGGAUAGAGUUACAUUUAUUGGCGUCUUGUGUGCUUGUUCUCAUGCAGGCUUUAUUGACGAGGGCAUACAAUGCUUUUACGCAAUGGAAAAGGAUUACGGAAUUGUUCCUGAAAUUGAGCAUUACGGUUGCAUGAUCGACCUUUUAGGCCGUGGAGAGCGUUUGAAGGAAGCUUUUAUGCUUGUAAAUACCAUGCCUUUCGAACCGAAUGCUGUUAUUUGGGGUACCCUUUUGGGGGCAUGUCGAUUACAUGGUGCUACGGAACUUGCUGAGAAAGUGCUCGAUCACUUUAAAUUGGAUCGUACGGAUCCCGGAAAUUAUUCCAUGUUAGCUAAUAUAUUUGCUGCGGCAGGAGAUUGGGAUGGUGUUGCAACGGUAAGGCUUCAGAUGAAGAGCGUAGGGGUCCAAAAACCAUCAGGAGCAAGCUCAGUUGAAAUAGACAAUGAAGUCCAUGAGUUCACCGUGUUUGAUAGAUCACAUCCUAAUUUUGAUAGCAUAUAUGGAAUGGUUCACAGGUUGGCUCAGGACCUUAAGCGAGUUUCACAUCCCAAAGAUGCAACCUUACCGGUAGAAGUUGGUGAGCUAGUGAUUUAGAUAGAUGCACUUUUACAAGCUAGGUUAUUCAGACUUGGAUUCGAGUGUAAGUAUUAGAUAUUGAAUGUUUAUAUUUGGUGGGUUCGAGUUUUUAUAUAAAAAAAACCGAAUAAAUUGAAUAAGCCAACAAAACCAAAUAAUUUGUACCGAAUUUAACCCUAAAAUUGAAUAAAUCGAAUUGAAUUUCUUUAGUUUGGUUCAA